AUGACUCCAUUUCUGCUUUGAUUUUUUAGGAAGUCUGAGAAGGAAGGAAGGAGCAAGUCUCAGCUUCCUCUCAGACUCGUUAUUGUCACUACAGCCAUGACUUUAAUUUACCAACAUGUUCUUCUCAUUCUCUUCGUUUCAAUAAUUCCCUUUUCUCAAUCCGUCCCUCUCAAUCCUGACUACUACAAAACAUCAUGCCCUGAUUUUGAUCGCAUUGUCCGCGAAGAAGUUCACGAAAAGCAAUCAAAAUUCGUAACCACCGCAGCCGGCACCCUCCGCCUCUUCUUCCACGACUGCAUGACCGGAGGCUGCGACGCUUCUAUUCUUAUCGGCUCAAGUUCCGACAACAAGGCCGAGAAGGAUCACGAAGACAACAUUUCCCUCCCCGGGGACGGCUUUGAAAUCAUCUCUAGAAUCAAGAACGCCUUGGAGCUUUCCUGCCCCGGAGUCGUCUCCUGUGCGGAUAUUCUCGCCGCCUCCACACGUAACCUUGUCGUGAUGGUGGGAGGACCCCAUUACCCCGUCCAGCUCGGACGCAAAGACGGCUUGAUUUCGCAAGCCACCCGCGUCACCGGAAGUCUUCCCAGUACUGAAAUGAAUGGGGAUCAAAUGAUUAAAUAUUUUGGCGACAGGGGCUUCAGCAUUCAAGAAAUGGUGGCUUUGUUGGGCUCACACACCAUUGGUUUCUCAAACUGCAAGCAAUUCAGUAAAAGGCUCUUUAAUUACUCCGCCGAAACCCCAACCGAUCCGGGACUAAAGCCUGCCUACGCAGAAGCACUAAAAAAUUUGUGUGCGAAUCCAGCGACGAACGUGACAAUGUCAGCUUUUAAUGAUGUUAAGACUCCAGGAAAGUUUGAUAACCAGUAUUACAAGAAUUUGCCAAAGGGUUUGGGGCUUUUGGCGACUGAUAAUGUACUUGUUACGGACCCAAGAACAAGGCCUAUUGUGGAAAUGUAUGCAGCAAAUGAGACGGCGUUCUAUAAGGAUUUCGCAGAUGCGAUGGUGAAGAUGAGUAAUUUUGAGGUGAAGACUGACGGAGACCCAGGAGGCGAGGUGAGGCGCCGAUGCGAUGCUCCUAACUCGGUGGCUUAA